AUGUCAGGUAUUAAAAUCCUCUCCUUCGGCUUCCCAGAGAGCCCUAAUGUUGAGAACCAGCUUCCCCAGAUCGAAUGCGAGGGGAACGAAGCGAUGAACCUUCGCCGAUUCCGAGUGGAGAGCGGGGAAGGUCUGGUGGACCGGGACGAGCAACAGCAACAGCCACAGAUGUACAGUUCGCCUAGCACUCCAGUCAUUGAGAACCCCGAGUACCAGACCCGGUGGUACUUCAAGUAUUUCCUGGGAAAGCUGCACCAGAAUUAUGUGGGAUUGGAUAGUGAGAAAGUGCCAUUUUUGCUGUCGGUUGUUCUCCACGAUGACCAAUACCUUGAUAAAUGCCUAUUGGACUUCAACACGCCUCUUCUUUCUCUUUGCUCUAGUAAUUUCAUCAAUAUGGAGAAAAUCGAGAAAGGACCAAAAGAAAUCUGCUCUCCAGAUGUCCAAAAGGAUCUCCUGCUUCUUGAAGAGCAAGAAGGUUCGGUGAACUUCAAGUUCGGAGUGAUUUACAUGAAGGGAGGUCAAUCGUGCGAUGACGAAAUGUACAGCAACGAGACGGGAACUCCGGAGUUCGAGAAAUUCCUAUCUUUACUGGGGAAUAAGAUCCGACUGAAGGGAUGGGACAAGUACAGAGGAGGUUUGGAUGUAAAAGGAGACAUGACGGGGAGGCACUCCGUCCACACGAUCUACGAAGGACACGAGAUCAUGUUCCACAUCUCCACGUGGCUUCCCUUCACCCGAGAAAAUAGACAGCAGGUGGAACGGAAGAGGCAUAUCGGGAACGACAUCGUGAACAUAGUGUUCCUCGACGGGGAAGUAGAGGACAUGAAUUCCUUCAAUCCAUCCUGGAUGAAAUCUCAUUUCACUCACAUCUUCGCCCUGGUCUGCUUCCAAAAGGAAGAAGGCCAAUACCGGCUCUACGUUUAUUCGGAGGAGUCCGUUCCCUUGUUCGGCCCCACCUUACCCUGCCCUUCCACCUUCCGGGAUCCUCAAGAGUUCCGGGAGUUUCUUCUGGUUAAACUGAUCAACGGAGAGAAAGCAGCGUUCAACACGCCAACCUUCGCUCAGAAGCGAGAGAGGACCUUGGACAUGCUCAUCAAGGAUCUCUAUGCCGAACACAUGGCCGAGAACCGCAGUACCAUGUUGAAUCGGCGGGCAUUCAGCGACGUAUUGCCUGAUCCGCCGCGAUCGGGCAGGAGGAAGGAAGAGGCUCGGCGAGUGGAGUUCGUCCGCAUCGGUCAGGCUCUCAAGCUGGAUACGAUCGUGAAAGGCGACGCUCCGACGAGCCUUGCCACUAGUGGACUCCUCAAGAGAGCUCCGUGGGAGCCGAUCUGCUUCUACCCCGACUUCCCUUGCGACGUAUCGUGCGGGGAUUCUUGGGGCGACAAUCGUCUGUUCCUCGCCGCGGAUAACGGGGUCUACUUGGUCGAAGGUAGAUUCCCUCCCACGCAGAUACGGACGUUCCUUGUCCGGGGGAACUCGCAUCGCCUCGUCUUCGACAAGACGGUGCAGGUGAAGCAGCUGAGUGUGGUCGAGGACCAUGGGAUUCUCCUCUUCCGAUCCGAAAAAGGGCGAGACAGCAAGAUACACGUCUUUCGACUGUCGGACUUCGAACGAGAGAAUGGAGAACCUCGAGGAAAAAACGAAAUCCGUGAUCACCGGCUCGAGAAAACGAAAGGGUGUCAUCUGUAUGCCCUUUCCCGACCGGGCGGUGCUCAUCUUCGAAUGGUAUUGCUCGUCAAUGACCUACUCCUACCCAAACUUUGCUUGUCGAUUAUUCAAUCCAUGGAUCCUGCGAUCGUGGUGCUCACCAUGGACUUGUUGAAAGCGGUGGCCGUGGGAAAGAAAAUAAUGCUGAUGCAGUGGAGGCAUUCAGCUGCCUGGACUGCUUGGUGCCCCGCCAGUGAUAAUGAUACUGUUGAAGGCUUCCAGUUUCUCAAGGAAAUCCUGCUGCCAGAAGUCCCCCAAAUCGUGACGAUGGUGGACGGCUCUUCCUCGCCUGUGAACACAGGAGGAGGGAGCCGAGACAACAACAUCUGCGUCGGUUAUCGACACCAGUUCGACCUGAUCGAUGAACGACUCGGGGAACCGGAGCAUCUGUAUUCUGUAGAUGGGAACAAGGUGAAUCUCGUCGCUGCCGUCGAUGUCUACGAGGACGAGGAACCUGAACUCUUGCUUUGCUAUAAUCGUGAGUUUUCCCCCGCUUUUUCAUUGAUGUUCAAUUAUUUGCGACUUCCUCCAGCCCUUCCUCUCCCUCCAGACACGUGCCACUUUCAGAGACUCAAUGCCCCCGUUGAUAUCCCGAAAACGGACUUCGAUUUUCAAUGGACUGCUGUUCCUGAGUACAUAGUAUGUGCCUUCCCCUAUAUAAUGUCCUUCAGCGAAGACAACAUAGAAAUCAGACUCAUCAUCAACGGGAACCUCAUACAGACGAGCACUCUUCCCAAACUCAGGUUCAUCACGUCAAAGGUUGACAUCUACUAUGCGACGACGGCACCGGAGUUCUUCCCCGAUUGGGGGGAGAAGCUCAUGUCGGACCGAAGUGACCGAGAAAACAGCCUCUCUCCCCCCGCGUCUCCUCACUCCUCGAGUCCUCAGGAGGCGAAGCCGCUCCGCUUGUAUAAGAUCCCGUUGACGAGUCUCACGGGGGGCAUCCCGGUGACUACGGAUAGGCAUCGAGGCUCUACGACUGCCACGGUCGCUCGGAAUACGGACCGCAACAUCCACCACGGCCACGGAUUCCUGGCCAUCGACGAGAAUCGGGGGAUGGGACUGGGGCUGGGGGGAAGCCGGAGUUGCACCUCCUCCCCCCUCCCACCGUUCCGCAGGGACUCCAACGACAUCUACUGCGUCUCCGAAUCCACCGACCCCGAAGAGGAGAGUACCGGGGACUGAACGCAACUGAGACACACGAAUACAAGGAAAAGAGAAAAACUUCAUUCCAAGGCUGGCUUCAGAGUCGCAGUUCGAUCGUAAUUCUGCCACAGCUGCAGUUUACUCACGAGAAACCCUUUCGUAGUAUACACAUAGCAAUUACAUCUGAGUCAGUUCCAUCAUAAACAAAUGAGAGACCUUGAUUGGGCUCAUAGCUAUUCUACAGCCCUACCUUGGUGGAACGAAUAUUUUAACAGUUUUCCGUGGCAUUGCUUACGUGCCUAAACGUCGAACUAAAGUCAGCUGAGGACUCCACUUCGCACGUUCUGUUGCAGUUCUACUCGACUGUUACGACUAAAGAAGCACGACUGCAGUUAAAUUAAAAUUGGACCUUAACCGAACUACGAAUUUGAAGCCAGCCGUGCUGACACGACUUCUCUCUUCUUCCUCCACUCCCCCUUUCCAUGCCUCCAAAUGGGAUCACGGUGAAACGCUUCAAUUUUCUCAUUCCCUCAUCUUUCCUCCCUCUUCUUUCCCCAUUUCCACUCCCCCUCCCCACUAUUUUUUAUUUGAUGUGGUUCUACAUUGUUCCAAGUUUUGUCUUUCAUUCUUUGAUAUUUGUGGGUGUCUCGGUCUCUAUUUCUUCAUCCAUCCGCUGUUGAUGGAUCUCCGAAAUCUCAUAUCGUGUAUUCUUAUAUCUCUUCCAUUUUUAGUGUUACCAGAUUAAUUUCUCUUCGUGGUUUCCUUUGCCGAAAGCACAUUUGCUCCUUUGGUACUGUACUUUCUCGAUAACUUUCGAUAUUCUCACUAGCUCGGCACUAUAAGCUGACGAACAGGGCCUGACGAAUCAUCCCUAUUUGGAAACACAUGACCCUUUUUUGAGUUACUUUCGAGACAAAAUUUCCUCCAUAAGUAUCGAUACUUUAUUUCAACGGAUUGCAAUGCUUUGAGCUCUUUUAUUUCAACUUGGUCACCAUAUUUCUUAUUUUAAUCCAGUGAGAGUUGACCUUUGUGCCAUAUAGUGAGAAUAGACCAAGGUAAAGAUGAAAAGUGCUCCUCUCCGUGGUACUGAUAGUACUGGGCAUCAAAUUUGACCCUUCCUGCAUGCCAAUUUCGAAGGCGACCCAUCCUAAGUCUAUCAAGGCCUUGGGCAUGAGGCUUCCUUGUUACCCCCUUGUUGAGUUGCAUCCUCGUUUGAGCCUUCGUUUUACCUGUAGGGCGGGGUAUGCAAUUUUGUCUGGAUGUUUUGGUGGAGAGGGAGACCCUUUUUCUGGUAUGAUGGAGAGAAAUGCAAGGGUGCUUUUCUGUGCCAAGGCACGGUAAAGAGCCAAGAUGAUGCAAAUCCGGGCUGACGAUCCUCCAAAUGUGGCCCUGUUGCGAAGGAUCAAGGUCAUUAUGGGAGCUCAGUCUGGCAAUUUACAUCAUCUGUGGUUGGUGACACGCUUAGAGUUGGAUUUUCCUCUCCCAGUCUCCCUCCCCCCUCGCCUGUGAUACCUUCUCUUACUUGUCCCAACUCGUUCUAUUGUUCUUUCAUUCAUUCAUUCAUUAUUAUGAUGAACCGGUUAAUAAAGGUCUGUGAAAC